AUGUCUACCCCAUUGAACCAGCAAGACACGUCCGGGGAAAUGCCUCGAGUUACAGCCAAAGACCAGGAGCUCGAACAUGCGGCCGAGAUUAUUCGGAAGGUAGCCAGCCUGGGCCAAGAUCUCAGUUCUCUGAUUGAGGAUGUCGAGGUGGACGGCGAGGUUGGAUACGACAUCAAUGCCCUUGGGCGCUCUCUCCGGUCCGAGCUGAGGAAGUUUGCGCGUCUACGAGCGAACCUGAUGGGCGAAACCAGUUCAGACAUUGACAAGGAAGAGACUGGGCGGUCCGGCAGAGACUCGGAAGCUUCCGGCCUUGGUGUUUCCACAGGGGAGAUCGAAGUCGUACCUUGGAAGGAGGCUAGUAGUCUUGCACCCUCACUAGGCAAAUAUGCCGCAAUCCAGAUUCCAAGCCAUCAACCAACUGCCGAUGAUCUGAAUCCUCAGCCUCAACGGAAGCGACUCAUGCAGGAAGUCACCCCUGCGCUACGAAAGGAGCUAGUUCCUGGCGCCGUCAAGGUUAGAGGUAAACUGAAAAGCCCCGAAGCUGUCCCGACCAAGAAGCACAAAGACCCUUGGGCACUGCCGAGUUUCCCGUUAGGAGAGCUUCCUGAUCGCAUUCGCAUCCGCUCCAUUAGCCUUUCAAUUUUCCUGAACUACAACAUUCACGAUACAGCCUUAAAUUGGAGCAGCUCUAAGAGAACGCCUUUUAUCAUUCCGAGGCCCUUCAAAUUUCUUGUUGAAAAUGAUUCAGAUAUCCGGGAAGGAUUGGCCGACCUGAAACAGGUUCAGGCUGAGCGGUUUCCUACCAAGAGCGAAAACGACUAUUACCAAGCAUGGAAUGCAGCCAUGCCCGUGGAUGAGCUGAACCCAAAUGUUGUUGAUCCGCAUCAGCUCAGCGAGGUCCAGCUCACGGCGCUGAUUGAGGACCUGGGCGCAUUGGUCUGGUUGAUGGACUUUUAUAUCACGCCAUCGCUUGCCAUCAUUCCCCACGCUGACCAAGUGCACUUCUCGGACCUGUGGUUUUGCUUUCCUGCCCGAUCUCUCAUUUACGUUCGAGACAAGGAAAUCCCACAGAAGAUCUGGAAAGUCAUCCAGCGUACCGGGGGCAAAAGAGGCUCGACUUACGAGCCUACGACGCUAUCGAGCGGCCGCAGAAGCGACUCGCCUCACUCGGUAGACACCUUUGUCAUUGAUUGCUUCCAUUUCGACCACGACGACAAUCGCUACGUCCAGACCUAUCACAGAAUUCAGAUCGACCCUUUUGAAGGCCGCUUGCCCAUCAUGUCGCUUCCCGUUGUGCCGAUUCAUGUGGCCGAGAGAGAACAGUUGGUUGAUCGGUCGGCUCUCGUAGAGCGCGGCAAGCUCUUUGUCAAAUGCACCCGGCCUAGCCACAUGCAAUAUACGGGACGCAACCAGGUCCUGCGACCCAACGGUGCCAAGCUCCACGAGAAGGAUGCCGAUGUGCCUGAUAACGCCACGCGUUACGCAGAAUGGAUUGAGAGCGAGGUGAUGGUCGACUUUGAACGAGCCUUGCAGGAGAUGCCGGGAUGGCGACCUGGCUUGGACGAGCUUGACCUCUACAAGGCCCCGACCGGCGAGAUAGACUUUGGCAUCGACAUUGACACGGUUUGGGAUACCAAGCUUUCAGAGCAAGUGAUUCAUGAGGAUUGGGCAAAGUGCCAGAGAUGGGACAAGGAGCGUACCGAUCCGACUGAAGAUGGGGAUCUGCUGCUUCUGCCGGCCCGAGUAUUUGCGUUUGUUUUCCGUACGAGGAAAUGGGCCUGCCUUCGGAUUGGCAAGGAUAACGACGGAGAAGAGAUGAUGAAGGAAAAGAAUCAGCGACGGGAGCCCUGGAACGACUUACAGCUACCCGACGGCCAUAAGCGCUUGGUACAGUCCCUCAUUGAGUCUCACUCCGACCACAGGGGACCCCACAGCUUGCAUUUUGAUCUUGUAAGAGCCAAGGGAAAGGGACUCACGAUCCUCUUACAUGGAGUGCCCGGCGUGGGAAAGACAUCAACAGCUCAAUGCGCUGCCGAAGCAAAUAAUCGACCCCUGCUUCCCAUCACUUGCGGUGACCUUGGUACUUCUCCACGAGAAGUUGAAAAGAAGCUAGAACAGGCAUUCCAGCUUGCCCAGCUAUGGAACUGUGUUCUCCUUCUUGACGAGGCCGACGUAUUCUUGGCUCCGAGGAUAGCGCAGGACAUUGCUCGAAACGCUUUGGUCUCUGUUUUUCUCCGGGUUCUCGAAUAUUAUGAGGGAAUCCUCUUCCUGACCACCAACCGGGUUGGUGUGUUUGACGAGGCCUUCAAGUUGCGCAUCCACUUGCCGCUGUACUAUCCACCGCUAGAGUGGAAGUAUGCCGAGAAGAUUUGGAAGACCCAUCUUCGCAAGCUCGUCGAUAGCAACUUGGUCGACGUGGACGUUGAGGACAUUCUCUCCUACGCCGAGACAUUGUUCGAGAAACAAAGCGCCGUGAACUCCAAGAUCGGCCCGGUCUGGAAUGGCCGCCAGAUCCAAAACGCCUUUCAGAGCGUCGUCGCGCUUGCAGGAUACAAGUCCACCGGGGGCAGGAUCAAGAUUGAGAGAGAGCAUUUUGAUCGCGUGGCCAAGGUAUCCAACGAGUUCAACCACUAUCUCUGGAGCAUCAAGUCCGAGACCGACUCAGCCAAGGCCGAGAGGUCAGGCUACCGCAUCGAUAAGUACCGCGUCGACGAGGCCAUACAUCUGCAAACGGGGCAACAGCCACCACAGCAUCCAAAUUUUGGCGGUAUGGUGUUCGGGCAGAUGAAGCCGUCGCCGAACGUAGUAGGUACGCAGCAGCCUGGUGCAAUGCCUUUGAUGAAUCCUGGUUUUCCACCCUUUUCCCAGCAUCAGGAGAGCAACGGGUUUUAUAGCUCCCAACCUCAGCAAGCCCAUGCAACCACCUAUCUCACAAUGCUUGGAGCGCAGGGGUCACCGAUGGGAUAUGCCGCCAUGAAUUCGUCCCAGCAAUACGGAGCUAACUUUGGUGGGCAACCACCACAGGGCAACUUGCUACCCCCGGCCAACUUUGCGCCGCAGGACGACUCUGGAAAGCGGAAGUAAAGGUAUAGCGGGGUUUUGGAUUUCUUAUUCAUUCGACAGAUUGAUUCAAGGC